GCGCGUUGAGCGCCGGUUGAAAACUUCGACUCGAACUGCGAAGGAUAUGUCGCUGAGAACACCAUACCCGUGCGUAAGAGACUAGACUGUGAUAGCGAUUACGUUGGGUUUAAAUCUAGGUCUCGUUUAUUUUCUUUCUUUUGUUGCUUUAAUGUGAUCAAUAAAAUCUCACGGCGGAUAUAUUUUUCUCACUCCGACUGAUUUAAAAUUGGAAUCAAUUUCAACAAGUAUCUUAUCCUUACGAAACAAAAAAUAAAUAUCAGUUCAGGAGACGAAAAAAAGGUUUAUUCCCUCACAGUGAACUUUUCGAGCUAUCAAGUUGAUGUGUUGAAAGUAUUGUUGAUAUUUUGCCAGAUAUAGUUUAAUUCUGUGAAGUAUAUCGUUGUGUUUUUAAACCGUGUUCUGUGUUGUUGUUUUUUUUUUUGUUUCUAAGAAGGAGGUUCAAUAUUGUUUAUAUAAUUGGUUCAGCUUACAUCUACACUAGCAAGAUAGUCGAAGCUACAAUAAGAUGUUAACAUUCACUUUUCAUGUCACGACAGCAUGGGGUUAGAAACACCACUACAGUGAGAAGCGGCUUAAAACUAUUCAAAAUCAAAAUGUAAUAAAUAUCUAUACAUACUUAUAAAUAAUUUCGACAGGCUACGGCAAAAGAACACAACUCUCUACUUUUUUUUAAUGUCAAGAACGCGGUACUAAUGGUAAAGUAUUUCCAAGCCGAGUUGAACUUCAAAGCAUGUACCCAUGUCAUUCUUAAGAAUCACCUGCAGAUCAUCGCCAAGGCAUUACAGAAUUUCAUCUCAAAAUAAAACAUUUUACGGGCCAGAAUGUUUUCCAAGUUUUCGGAUAUUUUACUGGAUUUUCCUGGUGAUAUUUCUAAUCCUGUUCAUGCCCCUGGAGUUGACGUCGGAGCCACGUAUUAAGAGUUUAAACGUUAGUGUCUUGCUUCCUUUGAAAAGCAGCGAACAUUUCAACGAGAAAUGGGAUAUGAGGCUAGUCUUCAGCUCCAUAAGGCAAGCGUUUGAGACCAAGUCGCGGGAUCUCUUGCCCGGACUUCAGGUGUCCUUCCACGAAAAGGACUCGGAAUGCUCCGUGUGGUACGCCCCCCUCCAGGCCACUCAGCUUUACAUUGAGAAACACAUCAACGUGUUCUUCGGCCCCAUCUGCCCGCACGCCAUGAACCACAUCGUCCCGCUGUCCAGCCACGUGUGGAACAUCCCGGUCAUCAGUGCCGGAGGGUACCCGUUGGAGUACGACAAUAAGGUGGAGUACUCCGCCCUGACCCGCGUCUCGUUCUCCUCUUCGCAGCUGUCCAGGGCGAUGAAACCCUUCUACUCGGCCUUUAACUGGACAAAGAUCGGCUACGUCACGGACAUGGACCACACGUCGCUCUGCUACCACACUCUGUACCCUCACUUUUUAGUGAACCCGAUCUUUAACGCCGCCCUUUCAUUGGAAACAAUACAGGAGAUUUUGCAGAGGGCAAGUCUAGUCGUAAGAAUUAUCGUCCUUUGUGCCAGCCCCGACAGUGUCCGUGAUAUCAUGAUCAAGGCCCAUGACCUCAAUUUCGACAACGGAGAAUACGUGUUCUUCAAUAUUGAUCUCUUCAGUAGCGACAACGCCACUGCCAAGCCAUGGUACAGGCCCAACGACACGGAAGAGAACAACAGAAAGGCGCGUAAAGCCUACGAGAGUCUGAUGACCGUGACCCUGAGGAAACCAACCAGCGAGAACUACAAGAACUUCUCCGAGGAGGUGAAGAGGAGGGCCGCCAAGAUGUACCCAAACUUUACUUAUGGUGAACAAGAGGUGAACAGUUUCGUUGGCGCUUUCCACGACGCUGUUAUCUUGUACGCGCUCGCUCUGAACGAGACUAUUGAGGCUGGUGGCAACGUGAGUGAUGGUCUGAAUAUAACGCGCAGAAUGUGGAACAGGACGUUUGAGGGUAUCACAGGUAAUGUGAGUAUCGAUGAGAAUGGAGACAGGAACGCUGACUACUCACUACUAGACUUGAACCCAGAGACUGGCACGUUUGAGGUCGUAGCUGAGUACUUUGGAAACACCAAACAGUACACUCCUACUGAAGGUAAAAAGAUUCACUGGGCAGGCGGACGUGACGGACCUCCUCCAGACGAGCCCAUAUGUGGCUUUGACGGUAGCAAAUGCCCACCCAAAAAGCCGUUUCCCGAGUAUGGCAUUGUUAUCAUCGUCUUGGGUUCCAUCCUUCUGGUCGUCCUCAUUGUUACCUUCUUUGUAUAUAGACACUUUAAAUUAGAGGCGGAGCUGGCGGAGAUGAACUGGAGGGUCCGGUGGGAGGACAUUUUGUUUGGAGCCCCCACGAUGAACUAUAAGAAACAAGAGAACAGACAAAAUCAGAACGGUCACCGCAACUCCUACCAAAGUGAUUGUUCGGCGGACACCAUAGCAGUGCACUUACGAGAUGUGGGAAACAGACAAUUGUUUACCAAGACUGGCUAUUACAAAGGUGCUAUUUUAGCGAUCAAACCUAUUCCAAGGGCUCACAUUAGCAUUCAGAAACCUUUGCUCCUGGAAAUUAAAAAGAUGAAAGACUUACAGAAUGAUCAUCUGGUUCGCUUCCAUGGAGUAUGUAUUGAUGUGCCCCACCAAUGUAUAUUAACAGAGUACUGUCCUAAGGGUAGUUUACAGGAUGUUUUGGAGAAUGAAGAAAUCAAAUUAGACUGGAUGUUCAGAUAUUCCAUAAUGCAAGACAUUGUCAGAGGAAUGGCCUAUUUGCAUAGCACUGAGAUCAAAAGCCACGGUCACUUAAAGUCCAGCAACUGCGUGGUGGACAGUAGGUUCGUGGUCAAGAUCACGGACUUUGGGCUGCAUUACUUCAGAGAAAAGGAAGAAGAGCUGGAAGAAAACCUCUACGCCAAACACAGAAGUCAAUUAUGGACAGCGCCCGAGCUUCUUAGGAUGAGCAAUCCUCCAGCAGGCGGUACUCAGAAGGCAGACGUGUACAGUUUCGCCAUCAUCUGUCAGGAGAUAGUCUACAGAUCUGGCGUGUUUCACUUACGAAACAUUGACCUUUCACCCAACGAAAUCCUUGAUAAACUUAAGACUGGGGUAAAGCCCUACUUCCGUCCAACGCUGGAAGAAUUCGAUUGCCCCAACGAUGAGCUGGCUGUCACCAUCAGAGUGUGUUGGUCUGAAGACCCAGCAGAGAGGCCAGACUUCCAACAGUUAAGGACAAGCAUUAAAAAGCUGAAUAAGGAUGGGGACAAAGGAGAUAUUCUGGAUAAUCUGCUUUCUCGAAUGGAGCAGUACGCUAACAACUUGGAGGCUCUAGUAGAGGAAAGAACAUCUGACUACCUCCAAGAAAAGAAGAAAGCCGAGGAACUCUUAUACAAUAUGUUGCCCAAGUUUGUGGCUUCCCAACUAAUACGUGGUGAGACAGUCAGUGCUGAAUGGUACGAUGGUGUCACCAUAUACUUCAGUGACAUCUGUGGGUUCACUGCCAUGUCUGCAGAAAGCUCGCCUAUGCAGGUCGUUGACCUUCUAAAUGAUCUGUACACAUGUUUUGAUUCCAUCCUUGAAAGCUUUGAUGUCUACAAGGUGGAAACAAUAGGAGAUGCCUACAUGGUUGUCUCUGGCUUACCUGUCAGGAAUGGGAACCUUCAUGCCAGGGAGAUAGCCAGGAUGUCAUUGGCCUUGCUUCAUGCUGUGUUCAAGUUUAAGAUACGACACAGGCCCGGAGACCAGCUGAAACUCAGGAUCGGCAUGCACAGUGGUCCAGUGUGUGCUGGUGUGGUUGGUUUGAAGAUGCCUCGAUACUGCCUCUUUGGAGACACUGUGAAUACGUCCUCAAGAAUGGAGUCUAAUGGCUUGCCUCUACGCAUUCAUGUGAGUCCAGCCACUAAAGAAAUUUUGGAAACUUUUGGAACAUUCCAACUAGAGAUGAGAGGAGCUGUUGAAAUGAAGGGUAAAGGUGCCAUCACGACUUACUGGCUCCUUGGCGAGAAAGAUUCCCCGUACAACAUUCGCCAACAGGGCUGUAAUGAGCCUGGAUUAAUAGAGUCACCAAGCAAAACACUUAGUGCAUCCCCAUCAGGUCAUUAACACACAUCCAGUUUGUGCUCUGUACCCUGGACACAUGCACAAGGAAGUGUAAGAUUUCAAUGUCUGCUGAGUUCCUAAUAUAUUUGCAUAUCAUAUUCUAUCUUUUGGUAUUUUCUUGUAAAUUGUUACUGUGAACUUUAGAUCAAGGCAAAAACAUGUCAAACUUUUCCUUUGUGUAAAUGUGUUGUAUCUUAUGGGUAACCUUCUUUUCUUUUUUCUGUGUUACCAGUAUGUAAGCUAUUUUAUUUUACCUUGAUUUUCAAAAUCCGUAAAAUCAAAUUUUAACACAUUAUUUUUUUCUUUUUCAUAAUUUAAAGGGAGUACAGAUUUAUUUUUUUAAAACUAUGAACAAAAUGAUAUGGAAUGAAGAAUUCCAUGCAACGUUUAUAAAUAAAAACAUGAUUGUAUAUUCAUGAAAUGGAUCAUACUAGGCUACUUGUAAAUAUUUAGAACAGACAAGGAGUGUUUUAGGUCAUUUUGUUUUCUUUCAUAUUAUAUUUUGAUUGGUAUGUAUUUGAAUCAAGGUGAUGUAUUUAUACAAAAUACAUUGUAAAACGAAUUGUUGUAAGAUUUUUAAUUUUUUUUUGCCUAAGUAUAGAUUUGUAAUAAACUUUUCAAGGCCCUAUAGUCAAACAAUUAUCAUUGUGAUGAACCCGCCCCCUCCUCCCAUAUUACCAUAAAAACAUUUAAAAUCUUACAUUUAUAACACUGAAGACAAAACAACAACAACAUGGUGAUGAUUCUCCAAAAGGGCAGUCAUUCUGAUCUGGUAUGAACAAAUCCCAAUCAGAAAAUAUGGAGUCAUUUCAGAAAUCGAUGCAAUUAUCAAAAGGAAGUAAAACUUCACAGUAGACUAUAACCAGUUUGGUCCAUCCAUAUAAGGUCCCAUGUGAAUUUCAUGUCACAAAGACUGUCCUUAUUGGAUGCUUUCUGUUAUGAUAUUCCGUAAUUAAAAACACUUUUGUAUUACACUAAUUUCAAUUUAUUAUUAGAGCAAGGUGUUUUGUUUUUCUUUCAAUUAUAUGUUAACUUUUGAUCUGUUCAUUAGUAAAAAAAAUUUUUUUUUUUUUUUAAAUUAAUUUUUAUAUGAAAUCAGCUUUCAUACAUUGUCAUGUCUGUUUCUACUGCCAUGUUGAAAGUCAAUUAGAAAAUUAGUCAAUUUUUUUUAGUUGUCAUCUCCUUAAGAUCUUGUUGCUUCUCUCCCCUGAUUCCCUGUUAAAAUAAUUCUAAUAUUAGAAAUAUUUUAUUAUUUUUUUUAAAGUCAAAGUGAGAUUUGGCUUUAUAAACUGUUAUUUUUUUUAUUUUUUUUGGCCGGUAAUUUGUAUGUCCUUAAAAAAAUGUUUGCAGUUGCUAUAAAAAAACAACAACAUUAAUUGUUAUCUGUGUGAUCAUUUUUUUUUGGUUAUUACAUGUAUUGUGUUAUACAAUUUAUUUUUCUACAUUUUGUCUAUAGGCUACAACUUUGUAGAUUUUUUUUUUCUUUCUUGAUAUUUUUCAUUGACCUUUUAUUAACAAUUAUUGAGAUAUGUAUGUAUCUGAUAUUUUGUUAUAAUAUAGUUUAAUUAAAUUAGUCCCUUUUUUUGCGUGUCUACUUUUAGUAGGAAAACUGCUCCCUCUUUUAUAUAUAUAUCUAUUUAAAUUAUUGUGUGAUAUUUCAUUGUUUCAGAUUGUGAUUCUUGUAUACACCUGACAGUUUUUUUUUAUGUCUAAGCAUUUUAUGUUGACAGUUAUUAAUAAACAAUGUAAUAUCUUAUUGUUUUUUUUUUUAAAUAAUUAUUUAUACUGUUUUUAUUUCCAUUUUUCAUUGUGAUAUAUUUAUUUCAUAUACAAAACUUUUUUUUUUUUAAAUUUGGAUUUCAAAUUUUUUCAGUCAACAUAUUAUAUUAUUUAUUAACAAAAUCGAAUUGACAAAAGGAGGUAACUCUAAUUAAUGGAUGUGCACUGUGUGUGUGUGUAUGCCUGUGUCUUGGUGCAUGUGUGUCUCCAUACAUAUAUGUGGAUUGAUGGUGCCUUUAUUUUUUUAAACAUCACUUCUCAUCAAUCUCAGAUCAUUGAUCGGAACUCCUCACUGCGCACAUUGACUGUAGCAUUAUGUAUCCCCACACGCCCAUUCUGUUGAGUCUGUGAGAAGAAGUCAUCUCCUUAAGAUCUUGUUGCUUCUACUUGCUUUUCUUCUAGCUUUAUGGAUGUACUCAUUACAAAAAAUAGGAAUGACUAUGUUCAGGGCCAGCCCUAAUAAUUGCGAAACGGAUUGUGCGGGGCCCCAGUUUGGGUAGGGAUAAGUAUAAUGUCAAUAUUAAGAUUUUAAAUUAAAAAAUACAUUCGUCUUUGCAAAAAAAUUGUAUAUACUGAAAGCUGACAAUACGUUUUUUUUCUUAUCGCGUGUAGGAUUGGUAUCGCAAAAUAACACUGCCUAUUUUUAAGAUUUUAAUAGUUUCAAAUUUCAAGGACUUUUUCGGUUAUUUUGCAAUUUGAGGAAAUUUUCAGGAGCCCUGGAUAAUCGGGAGGCAGCGGAAACCAUGUUAUUAUAUAUAAAUUAUAAUGAUUUUAAUUUAAUAAUUUAUACCUAGAAUUAACGCUGGGCCCACUGUGUCCGCAUAUGUUACAGUGGCCUAAGGCCGACCCUUACUAUGUUUGUGUCAAGAAUAUAUCAAUGUUUUACCCAUACACAGCUCAUUGAGAUUAAAAUGCCAUCUUGAACUUAUCUAAUCCUUAUCUGUUCAGAUUGAUUAUCAAGUUUUCUUGAAAGAUGAUAACAAACUUUUAUUUAAUCACGUCAAUUUAUCAUAUAUAUAUAUAUAUAUAUAUUUUGUCUGUCUUUAACCUCAUAAACAAUUUUUUUUUUUUUUUUAUAAAU